AUGACGUCAUCCCUUCACAUCAUCCUCGCCAUUCUCUUCCUCUGCAUCACUUCCCGUGCCGACCUAAUCUCCGACGUCUGCUCCAAAUCGGUCGACCCGGCUUUCUGCACCCGAACCCUACGAACCGACCCGGCCGCCCGCGCCGCUCCCGACCUCCGAUCCCUCGGCCGAGUCGUGGUCGUGAGGGCAAAAAGCGCCGCCCGAGUCGUCGUAUACGUAUCCGCCUCGGUCGGCGGCCAAAUCGGCGGCACGUGCGUCGAGACGAGCCGCGACGCCAUCGACAACCUGAACGAGUCCUCGAAGGCCCUCAGGAGGCCCGGCAGGGUAGCCGUCGGGGAUCUCCAGACCAAGGCCUCGGCGGCGUUGUCCGACGUGGCAACCUGUGACGAUGAGUACGAAGACAGCGGUCGGCCGGAACCGGCUAAGCUGAAGGCGGCCACGGCCAAGGCGCAGGGGAUUAUUAGUAUACUGCUGGUUAUCGCUAACCAGUUGUGA